AUGCCGCCAGAGAGGAUAUUCCCUCGCUCCUUAUCGCCCUCUACCGUAACGGAGAAAGACAGGCUGAAUGUUGUUGAUGUGCCGCUUCUGGAAUGUUCCAGAAACUAUCCUUCAUUAGUAUCUUCACUCCUCAACCACAGAGCUGUCGCUUCAUUAGUAUCUUCACUCCUCAACCACAGAGCUGUCGCUUCAUUAGUAUCUUCACUCCUCAACCACAGAGCUGUCGCUUCAUUAGUAUCUUCACUCCUCAACCACAGAGCUGUCGCUUCAUUAGUAUCUUCACUCCUCAACCACAGAGCUGUCGCUUCAUUAGUAUCUUCACUCCUCAACCACAGAGCUGUCGCUUCAUUAGUAUCUUCACUCCUCAACCACAGAGCUGUCGCUUCAUUAGUAUCUUCACUCCUCAACCACAGAGCUGUCGCUUCAUUAGUAUCUUCACUCCUCAACCACAGAGCUGUCGCUUCAUUAGUAUCUUCACUCCUCAACCACAGAGCUGUCGCUUCAUUAGUAUCUUCACUCCUCAACCACAGAGCUGUCGCUUCAUUAGUAUCUUCACUCCUCAACCACAGAGCUGUCGCUUCAUUAGUAUCUUCACUCCUCAACCACAGAGCUGUCGCUUCAUUAGUAUCUUCACUCCUCAACCACAGAGCUGUCGCUUCAUUAGUAUCUUCACUCCUCAACCACAGAGCUGUCGCUUCAUUAGUAUCUUCACUCCUCAACCACAGAGCUGUCGCUUCAUUAGUAUCUUCACUCCUCAACCACAGAGCUGUCGCUUCAUUAGUAUCUUCACUCCUCAACCACAGAGCUGUCGCUUCAUUAGUAUCUUCACUCCUCAACCACAGAGCUGUCGCUUCAUUAGUAUCUUCACUCCUCAACCACAGAGCUGUCGCUUCAUUAGUAUCUUCACUCCUCAACCACAGAGCUGUCGCUUCAUUAGUAUCUUCACUCCUCAACCACAGAGCUGUCGCUUCAUUAGUAUCUUCACUCCUCAACCACAGAGCUGUCGCUUCAUUAGUAUCUUCACUCCUCAACCACAGAGCUGUCGCUUCACAUCAGACGCAUAUCCUCGUAUUUCAGACUUCAUAUUGCACACUUAGUUGUCCAAACAAAGACAACAUCAGAGCAGGCUGCAAAAGAUGUGGAUAUCCUGGUCAUUUGACAUUUGAAUGUCGUAAUUUUGUCCGUGUGGAUCCGAGGAAGGACAUUGUUUUGGAUGUGAGCAGCACCAGCAGUGAGGAGAGUGAAGAGGAGGAGCAGGAAGCUGUCAGCAAAGAGAAGAUCUUCGGCAGCCAUUCAAAAGGUUCUCAUGAAGAUUCCAGAAAAGAAAAACCUAAAAAGAAAAGCAAAGACAAAUCCCAUGGAAAGGCCAAAAAGAGGUCUUAUUCAUCAAGUGAUGAUGAGGAAGACGUGAGCAAGAAGAAGAAAAAGCACAAGAGCCACAAAAAGAAAGGGAAAAAGGAGAAAAGAGAGAAAGAAAAGAAACACAAGAAAAAACAUCAAAAGAAAGACACAGACUCUUCCUCAUCUGACAGCUCUACUGGAUCAUCAGACACGGACUGAAGCUAUGACCGAAUCACAGCAAAAACUAUAAAAUACCUUCUGCCAGAGCCAUUUGUACAUAACACCUUUAUACUUUAGAAAUAAAUUGUCUUUUUAUAUUUACCUCUGAGAGUUGGAGUGAUGUUUUUUUUGUGUGUGAUGUAUUACAUUUUUUAUUUUGUGAUUGUAUAUAAAUGAAAUUAAAA